AUGCCGGAGGGCACUCCAUUUCCUAGGCCAUUUGAUCUUUUACGACCAUCACCUUUUGUCUUCCGGCCAGCUGUCUUUAGAGUACCAAGCAUCGAUUCGAACUUUUUCGGACUAAAAGAACGUUGCUCAAUAAAUUCGCAGACUCCUUCGACUAAUAAUCGACUAGCAAUUACGGUCUGCCUAAUAAUCAGGCUCGAACGAAGGAUUUUAUUCUACUUGCUGUCGCCGACAAUUUUCGUCCAACUACAUGAAAUCAAGGAUCCUAACAACGAGCCAUUUCUACCGAUUCAUCCCGUCUAUCCCUACAGCCCUAAAUUAAUUAAACGAGGUACCAAGGCAGAGUCAACUUUACAAUUAACGCCGGAGGCGCCGAAAAUUGACGCCAAGGAUUCUUACAGUUCUAAUUAUAACAACAACCAGCAAAGAGACUUAUAUUAUCCUAAUUACGAUCCGUAUUCCAAAAGCAACUCCCCCGCAUCCGCUCAUCCCUCGCACAACAGUAAUGUGUAUCCUUACGUCAACUUACCCUAUGUCACCUAUCCUACACAAUACGCGGUGAAUCCUGCGUCGUAUCCAUCUCCGCCGUAUCCGAAUUAUUAUUAUCAGCCAUCCUAUUACUAUCCUCAUUAUUUUAAUCAGGCUUCCUAUUCGCCAACACCAUCGACAGGCAUCGGCUAUCAAGAAACAUCGCAAGACUCCGAGAUGGCCGAGAACGACAAGCAGAAUAAAAACAAGCAAAUUACACAACCGAACGAGAAUGAGACUCAAGAUGCAUCGACAAGCCAAUUUGUAGACGACGGAAACUACAUAUCUAACAAUUUGAGAGAUCUCGACGGGCAAUCUAGCACGUACAAGUUAACAAGUCCGUACAAUCAACUUGAUGCCCAAGCAAAGGACCCGCCGAUUUUCGUACCGAGGACGACGUACAGGCUAAUCAACGUGGUGGAACAGCCAGUCGGCCAAGAUUACUCGCUGCCUGCGCCGUAUGUCAAGGUUCAGCAGACGGAACAGCUGAAUUUAUUGCCGCAGAAGCAAGCCGGUCAGUCUUACGAAAACAAUAGAAACGUUUUAAACAGUGCCAAUGAUGGAUCAUACGCGAAUCAGGACGCUUAUACUCCAAAUACGCCAGCAUACAGGACUCUUUCAGGCGCAAAAACUAAAACUGGUGUAACUUUCAUGAUAAAUGUCGACGAUACCGCGAAAGUCAAUGGAGAACGAACGAAUCUUCAAAAUGUUCCGUUUCAGAAACCCUCAAAUAAAAAUAUAAGAUAUUCAGGCCAUUAUGUUCAAAAACCGGUGUCACAGUUGACGCAUACAUCAUCUGAUAGCCGCAACAAGCAUCGCGAUCGUGUGAUCGAUCGUCGACCAAAAAAUCACAGAUAUGACUAUGAUAAUUAUGAUAACACUUAUGAUCAGUCCAGCAACAAACAGGAACAGAAUUAUAUAAACAAUUAUAGAAACGAUCAUAAUCAAUCGAGCUCUUAUCAGAAUAAAGAUUUUAUUGUUGUAUCGCAGACUCCUCGAUCUUACAAUUAUGAAUACUCUACUUACGAAUUAGAUAAGGCACAGCAGAUGCAACAAGAUACAAUUACUCCAGAUGACGGCAAUUUUGGAAAUAAACAAUAUAAAAAAUGA